GUUUAUACAAGGAGUUAUACGUACCAGUGAUAACUGUUUCGCUCAGUUUGACGCCAUUUUUCUUGUUAUUUUAAUUUUGGCGUGUGGUAAUAAAUAUAUCAAAAAUGUCGAAGCGACAUCGCAUAGAUGUUGGCGAUGCUCAGCCGAAAAGAAACAGAGAAACCAGCCCAGAAGAUAAAAAUGAAAAGAAACACAAAUCUAUAUUUGAAGAAUUUAACAUUCCGAGACCAACCAUUCAAAUGAACCCAUUUACAGGUCUACCAUUUACACCGAGAUAUUAUCAGCUGUAUAACAAGAGAUCACAGUUACCAGUAUGGGAAUAUAAAGAUAAAUUUAUGAAGAUGAUGACAGAUCAUCAGAUGAUUGUACUUGUUGGUGAAACAGGUUCCGGUAAAACAACACAGAUACCCCAGUGGUGUUUAGAAUGGGUAAGAGCUAGAUAUAAUAAAAAGGGUGUGGCUUGUACCCAGCCACGUCGAGUAGCCGCUAUGUCCGUAGCUCAGCGAGUGUCAGAAGAAAUGGAUAUUGGUUUAGGUCAAGAAGUGGGUUAUUCUAUACGAUUUGAAGAUUGUACAUCGUCUAAAACAUUAUUAAAAUAUAUGACAGAUGGUAUGUUAUUACGAGAGGCUAUGUCCGACCCUCUAUUAGAAGCCUAUGGUGUUAUAAUGUUGGAUGAAGCUCAUGAACGUACACUAGCUACAGAUAUUCUCAUGGGUUUAUUAAAAGAGGUUGCUAGGCAACGAAACGAUUUAAAAAUUAUUGUUAUGAGUGCUACUCUUGAUGCCGGUAAAUUUCAGACGUAUUUUGACAAUGCCCCGUUAAUGAGUGUACCUGGUCGUACCCAUCCCGUCGAGAUAUUCUACACACCGGAACCAGAACGUGAUUAUCUCGAGGCAGCCAUUAGAACCGUGAUGCAGAUACACAUGUGUGAAGAACAAGAUGGAGAUCUAUUGUUAUUUUUAACGGGACAAGAGGAAAUUGAUGAAGCAUGUAAGAGAAUGCAGAGAGAAGCAGAUAAUCUGGGUUCCGAGAUCGGGGAUUUAAAAUGUAUCCCUCUUUAUUCUACCCUACCCCCUAAUCUACAACAGAGGAUCUUUGAACAGCCUCCCCCUAAAAAACCAAACGGAGCCGUUGGACGUAAAGUUGUGGUAUCGACUAACAUCGCUGAAACAUCGUUAACUAUUGAUGGUGUGGUAUUUGUCAUAGAUCCAGGAUUUGCAAAGCAAAAGGUAUACAAUCCAAGAAUUCGUGUUGAGUCAUUGUUAGUUACGGCUAUUAGUAAAGCCAGUGCUCAACAGAGGGCAGGUCGAGCUGGACGUACACGACCAGGAAAAUGUUUCCGGUUAUACACGGAGAAGGCAUAUAAAAACGAGAUGCAACAGAAUACGUAUCCUGAGAUUUUAAGAUCGAAUCUUGGAUCCGUUGUAUUACAGUUAAAGAAAUUGGGUAUCGAUGAUUUGGUUCAUUUUGAUUUCAUGGAUCCUCCAGCGCCAGAAACACUGAUGAGAGCUUUAGAAUUAUUGAAUUAUCUGGCUGCUCUUGAUGAUGACGGAGAAUUAACGGAACUGGGUUCCAUGAUGGCUGAAUUCCCUCUCGAUCCACAGUUAGCGAAAAUGGUGAUAGCUAGUUGUGAUUUUAGCUGUUCCAAUGAAAUUCUCUCCAUCACGGCCAUGUUAUCAGUCCCGCAGUGUUUUGUUAGACCAUCGGAAGUAAAGAAGGCCGCUGACGAAGCCAAGAUGAGAUUUGCCCAUGUUGAUGGUGAUCAUCUGACCUUGUUGAAUGUCUACCACGCUUUCAAACAGAACCAUGAGGACAACCAAUGGUGCUACGAUAAUUUUGUCAACUUCCGAUCUUUAAAGAGUGCCGACAACGUACGACAACAAUUGGCAAGGAUUAUGGAUAGAUUUAGUUUACGGAGAGCGAGUACAGAUUUCAACAGUCGCGAUUAUUAUAUAAAUAUACGUAAAGCUCUCGUAUCUGGUUUCUUUAUGCAGGUUGCCCAUCUAGAAAGAACAGGACAUUAUUUAACAGCUAAAGAUAACCAGGUUGUCCAACUACAUCCAUCGACGGUUUUAGAUCAUAAACCCGAGUGGGUUAUAUAUAACGAGUUUGUAUUAACAACUAAAAACUAUAUACGAACAGUUACAGAUAUAAAACCAGAAUGGUUAAUAAAGAUAGCCCCACAGUACUACGAUAUGUCCAACUUCCCCCAAUCAGAAGCCAGGCGAAUUCUUGAGAGAAUUAUUGCUAAAUACGAAAACCGACAGAACUCGGAACAACAACAAUAAAAAACAAUUUAAUCAAGUGGUGGUGAUGAAUGACUUUUUGUACCAUAUAUGUGGAUGUGAAUUGUUUCAAUAAUAUUCUGUAAUGGAUAUAAUACACCGGACUCUAUUCUAUGGAAUACAAUUACUGACUGACAUGACAACUAGCUUUCUCUGACUCCGAAUUCACAAAGUAUUCAAGAAUUGACUCAACUUUCAAUCAUUUUUUAUUAGAAAUAUCUUUGAUCCAGAAUUAGAAACUUUGCACAUAGUUUCUUAUUGAUGUAUUUGAUACCUUAAAACAACGAAGGUUUUAUAAAGGGCUAUAUUUUAGUUAAAAUAAGGUGAAUAGUUUUGAGUAAAUUCUUUGCGAACUCUGUGACUGGUCUCUGGUUGGCAUCGAUUUUCCUGCUUGUACGUGACAAGGAGUAGGGUCGCCUGUCCAACCUUUUGGGUUUUAUCCAGGUCCUCCGGUUUCCUCCCAGUGCUAAAGACUCCUACGCAAAGUGAAUUAUUGAAAUAAAAUUGAGCCAUGUGUUAGUCCCGAAAUGACCUAGUUUGUGUCGAGUGGACUUUAAACCCCAUCUCUCUCUUUUUAGUGUUUAUUGGACAAAUGAUACAAUUAUGAAAUAUGAUGGGAUAUUAUUUAUUUGCCGUGUUGUUCAGUGGUUACUAACUAGGAAGUGUUAGGUUCACUCCCGAUAGAAGCCGAGAAAGUUUUCUCAGUUGGAAUAUGAAAUAAGAUUAGGACGCAGCCCACUGCAUGGUGUAUGCCUGGGCCCUUAUUUACGAAAACUUAAUUAAGAUACAAUCGAAACUUUAAGAAAUACUGCAAUUCGAUUGGAUGACCAGUAAAAUCAAUUUGCAUAUAUCCAAUGAAGUUGCAGUAUUUCUUAAAAUUUCGGUUGUAACUUAGUUUAAGUUUUCGUGAAUAAGGGCCCAGUUAUCUCGCGUUGGUGCAGAAAGGUACUAUGUUAAUGAGGGAGGCUAUCUGAAGAUUUUUAUUCCAAAAUGUGAAAGCUAUUGAAUUGAAAAUAAUACAAGUAGUUAGGAAAUGUAAUAAACAAGGGAAAAC